UGCUCGUGUAAUGGCGGGUGUUUGAGUGAGUUGUGUCAGUGAGUCGACAGUAAAACAACAAGGAGUUGACAGGGGAGUUUACGAACAUCGAACAGAGCGCUUGCAGUCAGGAUGACGACCCCCAUGUACAGGACAAAGAAAGUUCCCACUAAACUUGCCAUCACGAGCAAUGACAGCAAGAUCCUGGGCCGGACCACCUCACUAAGGAGGGAGAAGACAACCAACGACAAAGUGGGCACGCUGAAGAUGAGAACAUACAACAGUGCUUGGACACCUGUUGUACACAAGCCGUCCAAUGAGCAGAUUUUCAAAGAGAGAAGAGAUCUUGUUUCACACUGGUAUGACUUGUGGACUGAUUCACAGAGAAAACGUUUCCUUGACAUCAUCUUCCAUCAGAGUAAACGACCUCAGAAGAAGUUUGUCCAGGACUGGUUCCGCGAGUACGUUCCCCUGCAGCAUCUUGACUUCACCUCCGUCCUUCCCAGAAUCCUGUCUGUCUACAUCUUCUCCUUCCUGGAGCCCAAGAGUCUUUCUCGGGCAGCCCAGGUGUCCUGGCAUUGGAAAUUCCUCACUGAGCAGGACGAGGUGUGGGCGAGCAAGUGUCUCAAGUACGGCUGGUUCCUGCCUUACACAUCGGCAGACAACGAGUAUGGGGCAUGGAAGAGACACUAUAUCGCCUGUGUCCAGACGCUUGACUACGUUUCGGGGAGCGGCAUGGAUGACCUCUACGGCACAAGGUCAGAUGGUUCCCGCUGGCAAAACAAGAAGAAUGUCCGAACGAAGCCCAACCGACUUGACUCAUCAGACAGUCGUCGGUUGAUGGAUGUGCGGCCGCCAUGGCAGGGUCCAGACUACAAGCCCCAGGACCUUCAGAAGUCGCACAUCGCCAUGGUAACCGAGAAGAACCCAAAUGACCCUGACCUUCCCAAAUCAGCUUUGGUCCUUCAUAAUCGGUGGGGCAUUAUACGCAAACAACACGAGACUUCCGUGUCAAAGUCGCUGGAUUUUGAGAUCGGUUUAGACACAAGUCGCAGGAGAGAACGACAUCGACUUAUUUCGGGAGCGGACUAUGAUCCUCGUAAAGUCAACAACCGUACACUGUCAGAAGUUAUCCACCUGGAGAAUAUAGCCGAGACAAGGUUUCGAGAACUUGUGGAGACAAAUGGUCUGCCUCCAAACAGGACAGGCAUGAGAAGAUCUGACCUGUCGGGAGGUGGAGGGUAUCCCAUCCGUAACAACCAGGUGAACGCACUUCCCCCUGGUGGCAGUCAGGUGAUGGCAACACCUCGCAUCGUCUUCAUCUCAUCCAGAGUCCCUGCAGCAGAGCUGCUGUGUGAUGCUGUGAUGUUUGGUGUUAUCCCCAUCGUGUACGAGUACGAAGGAACGAGCACGGAGACACUGAUGCAUCAGAUUGAUACAGUUCUACAGGGCAGGAAUGCACAGAGUGUUGGUCUGUUUACACAUUCGGAUGAGCCAGGCAACAUCUGUCUUGUCCAUGGCUGCACAGUCAACAUCAACAACUACGAUGCCUCAGAGUCCUGCGAGUUCUUUGAGACUGUGGCCAACCACAUCCUCCCCUCCAACAUGGGGGGACAGCUGGAUGUGUUCGCCCCCCUGGCUGCGUCAGAGGCUGGGAUGGAGCUGAUGGUUCAGCUCAGUGUCCUCACGGGGAUUCAGUUCUCCUCUCCAACCGGGAUCAUUGGCUCCUACAAUCAUGUGAACACGGAGUGGCUGAUUCCAUACAAGGACUGCCAGCCCACAGAUAAGUAUUUCUGUCCCAGCAAGCUCCGGGUGUGGGCAAAUGUGGCUGAUCAGGCCCUGGAAGCAAUCACAGACUGUCGGCAGAUCAUGGCGCCGUACUUCGAGAAGGUCCAUCGAGACAUUGCAGCUCAGCUUACCGGUCAGGUCAUGUUUGACGCACUGGGUCAGACUGACAUCCAGGGGACUCACUCAAUCACACAGGCCCUCACUGACGGACUCGUAGCCCUAGGGAGUCAGAGCAAUGUUCAACCUCUAGAGUACCUGGGUCAGUAUCUCCUGGAGCAGGCAGGGGUCACAGAGAUCUCCAUGACAACGAAAGCUGAUAACUUGGCUCGGACACGACAAGCAGAACGGCAGAACGGCGCGGUCGGGACACCACGCCAGGACGUGAAGGUGGCGCUGACUCCUCCCUGGACCGUGAGGUGGAACAAAUCACCAGCGACCACUCCCAGCAGGAGGAUGAGGAUGAGAAGGAGGACCGCGGGGAGAGAGGUGUAUGACCCACAGAUGGACCCGGCUGAGAAGUAUGACAGCCAGGAGAAGAUAUCAAAGGAUGAGAAGAACAUAUUGCGUCAACAGGAAGUGACGAUGGAGAGGAAGACAGUCACCCUCAAGACGCAGGACCUCAGGAACAAGUUCGGCACCAUGACGACCGGCACCCUCCGAGCAACCAAGUCCCAGCGGCUGACAUCCCAGCAGUUCACUGAACACCCUGAGAAGCGGACUCCGAUAGCGUUCGAGAUUCUCACCAGUGAGAUGGAGUACAACCGCAUGUUACGAGCGGUCCGGGACGUCUACUACAAGCCUCUCAAGUCAGCUCUCACUGCCAACAGGGCAAUCAUCAGCAGUCAGAAUCUACAUGUCAUCUUCACCGAUGUCAUGGCCAUCCUCACCAUCAGCAGACAGCUGACCGAGGAUCUGAAGAACCGGUUGGCGGACUGGAGCUUCCAGCAUACAUGCAUCGGCGACAUCUUCGUCAAGUUCUGUCUGCAGCUCAAGGCAUACACCAACUUCAUCAACAACAACGAAGUCAUUCUCCGUGCAAUCGAACGCUGCAAGGAGCAGACGCCAGAGUUCCGGGCGUACCUCCUUCGCCACCAACACAUCCCCGAAACCAAGAUGCUGACCCUCCAGGAGCUUCUCCUCCAGCCGAGUCGCCGGAUCUCUGAGUAUGUCACCCUGCUCAGCUGGUUUGAGCUCCACACACCACGCAACCAUGCAGACCGCGAGGACCUGGCCAAUGCCAUCGCCACAAUGCGGGAACUUGAUAAAGGCAUCAAGGAGGUGUUCUACGUGUUCAGAGGAGAGGUUCAGCUGGUCACACUUCAGAAGAGAAUCAUCAACUGUCCGGCACUGCUGGAAGCUAACCGCUACCUCAUCAAGCACCAAGAUGUGGCAAACCUCAAACCCCCGGAGAAGGACUCUGCAGUGCCGGAACGCAGAGCGUACCAGCACACGGAGAUGCUUGGUUUAUACUUGUACAACGAUGCCCUGGUGGUGACACGACGCACAUCCAAGCAUUUCCCGUUCUCCCGCGCCGUGGAGUACACGUACAAGUUCGAAGCCAGCGUGGGAUUGACUCGCCUCUCUGUGACGGAAAUACCUGAUUCCAAAUAUGUGAAGAAUGGCUUUAAGAUGUCUACCCCAAAGCGUGAAUGGGUAUGUUCCACAGAGCUCAGAUCAAAGGCUGAACUGGAUCAGUCUACUAGAGAGCAAUCAGAGGGGGUUGGAACACUGAUCACACACAGUUGCCCUGAAGUCAGAGAGUCAAAAUAUAGCUUUAAUUUUUCAAAAUAUUUUACACAUCAAGUAUUACAUGGUGUCAUUAAAGAUGUCCUUUAGCAAGCAAAUAUUGAAACCAUAUCCUCUGUUCAAAGUGUAGUUUCACUUAUGGAGUUUUUCUAAAAAUCUUCACUUUGCAGAGUUCUUAAGAAAAUGUUUGCAGGUUGUAUCCAGCUUUACCAUUGCUUGGAGUAUUUUGCAGGGAUGGCAGUUAUCUUGGCACAGAGUUAUGAUAACACAAUGUUGGACAAGUUUUGUACCAAAUUUCCAAAAAGGAACAACAGAUCCAUUUAAGGUCCAACCGUUUGAUUAGAUGCAAGGGACUCAGAACAAAUGUUCACAAAAAUAUUAAUUUUACACAUGAGGAAUAUUCUGAAUGCAUUUCCCAUUUCAGAUAGAAUUGAAUUUAGUUUUA